CUGGGUACUACAAUGGCGACUUUGCGUAUUCGCCGUAAUGAAAUUAAGCUCAACGUGUAUCGUCAUUUCACUAAUUGCCUCGUGUUCGCUAUACUUGCAUCUGUUUGUUUCAUGAUCUGGAGUUUAUUGUAUCAUGUGUUCCCUAGCUGUCUGAAGGAAUGGAAAGGAAUAUGGAUUGAUGUAGCUUUCUGGCAUGUACUAUUCGUGUCCAUCCUGAUAGCGAUAAUGUUCUUAUGGCGCCCUUCACAGAAUAAUCAGCGUUAUGCUUUCACUCCCCUUCUUGAUAACAGCGAAGAUGAAAACGAUCAAGAUGAAAUUUUUAAUUCUUCUUCUCCCGGAUUUGAAGUUUUGAAACAGCGAGAGUUGGGUGGCGGAGCCGAUGCCAGGAAAGCACGUGAACAAGAGAAAGAAGAAAAAGAAUUGAAAGAAGAUCUACGUUGGAUUGAAGAUCAUAUCCCAACAAGUUUAACAGAUCAACUGGUCAUGGACGAAGUAGAGGAAGAAGAAAUGAAGGCUCUUCAGAUAUCAAAAAUGCUUUGA